GUGCUGGAUUUGGAUUAGGAAUUGUUUUCUCAGUCAUCUUCUUCAAAAGAAAGACAUGGCCUAUCACUUUUGGGUCAGGGAUGGGGUUAGGAAUGGCUUAUUCCAAUUGUCAACAUGACUUCCAGUCUCCAUAUCUUCUUCAUGGUAAAUUUGUAAAAGAACAGUGACUAAUGACUAAGACUAUCCCAGUGGGAAGGAAGGAGAAAUCAAUGAUUAUUCCUCAGGAAUACUGAAGUGCCCCUGGAAUAAGCCAACGUUGUUCAGUACCGAUCACCAGUAACUCUUUAUACUCCAACAAACUGUUUCUGUCUAGGAAACAAAGUUCUGUUGCUUGUUUUGUAUCGUGUCUGAAAAGCGCAAGGGAGAGCUCUUCUGGGAAAUAAAUAAAAGGAAAAUGGCCU